AUGAAUCGAGAGGAAGUCUUAAUCACUAGAAACUAGCAAAAAUAUCCCACUUAGGAAUAGAGUUAAAAGCCUUAUAAGGAUGAAAAUUUGAUGAAGCCGUAGUAGACAUUCAUCACUACCAAUAUCAAGACCAAUGUUUCUUAGUAGAUUGAUGAAUCAUUGCCCAAAUAGUAGAAUCUUGAGUUGAAAAAAGAAUAGCCAUCCUCUUAAAAGAAUAAACCUAUCUCUGCAGUGUACCAAUAGAAAUAGCCAAAGUUUAAAUAAUAAUUAUAACAAUCAAAGCAGAUGCAGAAGCAGUAAAAAACAACAACUCCUCAAAAACAAUAAAAGUCACUACAGAGUAGACCUCAAGUAUAAGAAUAAAUUUAUUAAUCAGAGGAGAAAUAGCCUAAGCCUAGAGAUUCUUAAAGAUAGUACAAAGGUAAAAAUAUUCAGGAAUGCAAGCAUCUUGAUUUAGGAGUGAGUUCUUAGAAACAGGAAUCUUAGGAGACUUAGGAAUCCAAAAGCUUUAAUUAGUAACAGGCAGAAGUACCUAUAAAGAAAAUUGAUCUAUCAGAGUGCGUAUCUGAAAGCAUGAAGAAGAAAAUAUAACAGCAUCAAGCAUUCAUGAAGGAGAAGAUACAUGAACAAAAGGAUAUAAAUCUUGAGGAAGAAAAAUAGGCUCCACGGAUUCAGUUGAAUCCUGAGGAAGAGACUAAGCAGAUUCCUCUUAAGCAUAAAGUUUCCCCUAUUUUACAAAGCAGAGGAGAUGAAGAACCAACAGGCUAGGCUGAUUGGGCUAGCUUUGAUUUCACCGAAGAAGCUGAAAGACAAAAGUAGAAAAGAGAUGAUGAACUUCUUAGCGAGCAAAAUCUCUUCCCCAAAUUUAAACUAGAAGAUAAUACAGAAAACAUCAUGAAUUAAUAAUUCCACUACCCCCCAGCUCAUUAGAAUCUUCUACAAAAAUAAGAGAUGAUUAGAGAGUAAAACCUUAAAAAUUAGAGAAAGUCUCCCAAAAAAGAAGAAGAGUUUUGCUAAGGAUUCAGUCUAAUAGAUAAAAUGAAAUUCGCACUCUAUAAUAAAGUAUAUAAGAUGAUAGAAGAGUAGAAAUUGAUAGAUAACCCUGAAGAAAUAGUAUCCUAAGGAUUUAAGACAAUUUAGGGAGGCAAAAACUUAAUGAAGAGGAUGGAAGUUGCUAUGAAAAAGGUACUUGAAUAGAAAAAAUAAGAGUGCUUAUAAAGAAAGGAUUUAAAAGAAUAAGAAACUCAUGUAAGACAGCCAAGCCCAGAAAGAAUUCAGGAAGGCUAAGAAUUGCUCUAACUUAGACCUGAUAGAACUGAGGAAUAAUUCAAAUAAAAAUAGAGAGAUAUUAACUUAGAACUCAUAAAGAAUAAAUCUAGAAGGAGAUAAAGAAAAGAAGACCUUGACUUCAGAAAAUAAAGUAAUUUGGAUUCAGAGCAUGAUGAAAUUAAUGGAUGGAGAUUUUAGAAAGAUAGAACCUAAAUUAAAGAUAAUUUAGAAUGUGGGGAUCUAGCAUGCUUAUUUGAUGAAAGCAAUGUUUAAGAAGUGAUUGAACCAUAUAAAAUGCCAAAGCAAGAAUUUAAACCAAUAUAAUAAAAAUUCCAAAGAAAAACUCAGAUUCCAAAGAAAAGAUUUAUUUAUAGACCUAAAUAAGUUAAAGAAGAGAUAAAAGUGAAUUAUCCAAAGGGAAACACAUCUUUUAAAAAGAAAUAGCCAAGACUUGAGAUAGAUUUUAGAAAGCAAAGUGAAUUGGAUUCUGAGCACGAUGAGAUAAAUGGUUGGAGAUUCCAAAAAGACAGAACAUAAAUAAAAGAUAAUCUUGAGCAAGGUGAUUUGGAAUGCCUGUUUGAUGAGAGCAAUGUUCAAGAAACUGUUUAACCAUAUGUAAUACCAAAGUAAUAGAUUAUUACAGAAUUAUCAAAACCUAUCUAGAGAUAAAAAAAGAUAUUUAAAACUAGAAAGAUAUAGAGAUAACCAGCUAAAGAUAAAUAGAUAGAUUCAAAUUAUAAGCAAAUUGGCAGAUGGAGAUUCCAGAUUGACAGGUCAAAAAUCUUCGACGGAUUUGAACAAGGAGAUUUAGAAAAUUUAUUUGAUGAAUCAAAUGUGUGCGAUACAAUUGAAGACUAUAGCAAGGUUUAAAAAAGAAAAAUAGAAGAAAACUAUGAGGUCUUAAAUGGUUGGAGAUUUUAAAAAGAUAGAUCUGGUAUUAAUGAUUAUUUUGAAGAAGGUGAUCUUGCCAAUCUCUUCGAUGAAAGUAAUGUUUAAGCAAGAAUAGUUAUACCUUGGGAGCCAUUAUACUAAGAAGAUUUGGAUUAUAAAGAAAAGUUGAGAGCUAGAAAUCUAAAGAAAAAUAACAAAAGAAGAAGACUUGCAAAAUAAAAAGAUAGGGAAAGACUGGAACAUGAAGAAUCCCAAAGAUAUUCACUUAGAGGAUAUGAUCUCUUCGGUGAUCCAAUGAAUCUCUCUCAUAAAACUAUGUGUACAUCAGAAGAUCAUUUGCUCAUUGAAAGAGAAUCAAAGCUAAAUCAAUUUUUUAAUCGUCAGCAAAAACUUGAGAAGCCUAAUUAAGAAGAAAGACUCAGAUAAAGUUAACUGGAUAAAGAAAAAGCGAGAGCUAAAAAAGAAUAAGAAGUCUUAAAAUAGAGGAUACAACUUAUUGAGAAAUAAAAUAAGUUUGAUCGUGAUUAACAAAUGAAGUAGAAAUAAAUCAUGAUAGAAAAACCAAAACUUACUCUUAAUCAAAAGAAGAAGAUUAAGAGAAAGGAGAGGAAAUUAAGACUCAAAAACUAGGAAAGAUUCUGGGAGAGUCUAGAGAAUGCUCAAAUUGAUGAAGGUCAAUUUGAGAACGAAAUGUAACAAUAGAAUGUAAGUAGAUUUGAUUUUCAAGCUAAUUAAAGGCAAAAAUAGCCUUAAUACUUGAAGGAAUAAAUGGAAAAUUAGCAAAGACUCGUUAAAAGUGGAGAAAGCUAAAUUAAUUAAAAUGACUUUGGAGGCUAGAAUCCAGUUGUGAAUCUUAGACGGUAGAAUCUGGUUUAAGUGUUUAUGUGA